AUGACUACCUUAACCUCACUUCCAUUGAUUACACUCAGCAGAAAGGUUUCUGAGGAUCUAGAUGAGAGAAAGUACUCUCUCAUGCUCAUCCAUGUCAUGCAGACCCAGCCAGAAAAGAAUGUACUCCUAUGCAAUAUAAUGGCACAGCGGCAAAAGAAGGGAAGAAUUUCAGAUGACCACAAAUGCAUUGUGUUGGAGCAGUUUAAGCAAAGCAGGAAUAUGGACUUCACACUUGUGGCACUUCAGAAGCUGCAAGCUGAGAUUGGUAAGGAGGUUAAAGUGAUUGCGCACAAUCGUGGAACGAAGGAUACUCUGGAGCCAUUACUCAGUGUGCUGGAGGUGUAG